AUGUCGCAUUUAGACUUUGAAGCGUUGAAAGAACUUCACAACACUGCAAACAAUUUGCUUCACUCACCUGUAAUCAAACAAGCUCUUGUCAGUCGUCAGCAAGAGAAACACGUCGAUGAGGUCUCCGAAGCAUCUCUCUGCAUGUUGGAUGCCUGUGGGAACACUAAAGAUGUUCUUUUGUUGGUGAAAGAGCAUCUCCAAGAACUUCAAUCAACCUUCCGCAGGAUAAGCAUUGGUGAAACUGCGGCCACAGAAAACAAACUUUCGGGGUUUUAUACUCACAGAAAGAAGCUGAGGAAAGAGUUGCUGAGUUGCUUGAGGACACUGAAGGGAAUGAAGAACAGUUAUGUUAUGAACUCUGAUCUCGGCCAAGGUGAUCACAACCUUGGGAUGGUUGUCAAUGUGCUAAGAGAAGUGAGGGCGACGAAUAUUUCGAUUGUGGAAUCACUGAUGUCCUUAAUGUCCAUGCCUAGUCCUGUUUGUAAAUCAAGCAGAGGGUCAAUCAGAUCAAAAUUCAUGAGAGUGAACAGCCUAAGUCUCUGGAAGAAUUGCGACAUGAAAACGUUCCAAACAGGGAACAGGUUAUUGGAGGCCGUGGAGGGUGCCAUUGAAGAUCUUGAAGUUGAAUUAGACUGUAUCUUUAGAAGGUUGAUUCGAACCAGAGUUUCCCUUCUCAACAUAUUCAGCACCUGA